AUGAAACCAGAAACUUUAGUUAUGAAAAUAAUAGAUGCUGUUAAAACAGAUUCCCCAACUGCAAUAACUUUCAACAGUAAAAAAAUCAGUAUAACUAAAAAUCUUAUUGAUAAAUACAAAUAUUGUAUAGUAGGAGACGAUAUAGACUUAGAAAGAAUUGAUACAAAUGUAAAAAAAGGUGGAUUUAUAUUAUCCCUACCUUUAAUAUUUGCUGGUAUUACCGCAGUGGCUACAGUGGCUGGUGCUACAGCUGGUGAAGUAAGCGUUGCCAACGAUAAGAAAGCAGCUGCAGUAACAGCAGCCGAAAAACAUACACACAAUUUAGCAUUGGAAAAGUUGGCAGAGGGUAAAAAACCUAAAACGGAAAAGAAAGGUUCAGGAGUGGGAGAUAUGAAACCAAGAAAAAUGUUAAACAAGGAUUAG